GUCCGCGGUCCGCGGCCAGACUUGCGCAUUGGCAUGGGGCAGAAGGGCAGCAAGGCGCAGCAGAAGGAGUCGCAUGCGUCCAUGUACCAAGGUCUCGCUGGCCGCAUGCACAAGCGGAAGAGCCAGGAAGAUGGUCGGCCGGCGCAUGCGCUCUCGGACCCGAUCCGCGCCCCAGUCUCGGCGCCGGCCUUCCUUCCACGGGCGAUGACGCCACCGCCGCCGUCCGCAUCGGGCACGCCGACCACGCCGCCGCGGAUGUCGUCUGACUUUUCGACGCCGCUGGCGACACCGGCGCCCCGGCAUUCACCGGCAACCUCAACAAACUCGACGCCGUUGGCAACGCCGGCGCCACGGUCCAGUGGCGGCACGUAUGUCCGACCACAUAUGCAAUCGUUCGAUCGCGUCAACCGGUCUUCCAGCAUGCCUGUGGACACGUCGACGGACGAAGAGUCGGUCGGGAGCCCGGCCUCGAACGAGGUCGGCGACUGGCUCAUGGAGGACGACGACAUUGAGAUCGAGAUGGUCGACGACGACGACUUGAACUCGGAGCAUGACACGGAGCACACGGAGCCCGAAGUGACGCUGACGCCGUACCUGCUCGCCAACAAGCCGCUUUACGACAUUAUGAUCCAAGUGCAGCUCUUUGCCAACUUGAGUCAGAACCAGCAAGAGCAGGUGCUGCAGGCGCUCAAGCCGAUCAAGUUCAAGGACGGCCAGGCCAUUGUCAAGCAAGGCGAGCGCGGCGAGCGCUUCUUCAUGAUUGCCAAGGGCGAGGCCGUCAUCACCAAGAACAUGGACGGGAAGGAGCGCAUGAUCACGCAUCUGUACGCUGGCCACUACUUUGGCGAGCUCGCGCUCAUUUACGACGACCCGCGCACGGCGACCGUCCGCGCGGUCGGCGACGUCGAGCUCUUGUACCUGACGCAAAAGGACUUUCAGCAAGUCGGCCAAGUCCACUUGAGUCUGAUGCUGCAGCAAGUGCCGCUUCUCGCGCAGCUCACGUCGCGCGACCAAGACGCGAUCUUGAAGAAGCUCAAGCCGGCCAACUUUUCGAACGGCGACUACAUUGUGCGCCAGGGCGAGGAAGGCACGCGGUUCUACAUGAUUACGCGCGGCGAGGCGGCCGUGCUCGAGACGCACGAAGCCGACGGCCAAGAGCGCGAGCUCACGCGCUUGUACGAGGGCCACGUGUUUGGCGAGAUGUCGCUCAUCUACAAGGAGCCGCGCACCGCGUCGGUCGUCGCGAUCGGGCCGGUCAAGUGCCUCUACCUCACGAAAGAAGACUUUGACGAGUGCCUGCUCUCGGAGCGCUUUCAAAAGGUCAUCCAGCGCGCGUACAUUGAGAAAGCCACGCGCCGUGCGAUGCGCAAUAAGAACCGACUCCAGGAGGCCAACAAGCCGUCGUCCGCGACCGACAUGUCGCAGAUGACGCUCGAAGGUCUCAACGGCGUCGCGCUCGAGACGAGCAAGCUCACGAAGCACCGGCUCGCGAAUGGCGAGAAGGUUGUCAACAAGUACGUGAUCAAGGGCGAGCUCGGGAAGGGCACGUUUGGCACGGUGAAAAAGUGCAUGAACGAAGAGGACGGCAAGCUCUAUGCGGUCAAGAUCAUGCACAAGACGUUUGUGCAGCGCAUGGCCAACCGCGAAGACUCGCUCCAGGACGCGCUGCGCCGCGAAGUCGCGAUCAUGAAGAAGCUGAGCCACCGCAACGUGGUGCGCCUCGUCGAAGUGAUUGACGACCCGUCGUCCCAAAAGGUCUACUUGGUCCAAGAGUACAUUGAGAAGGGCAACUUGACGGAGAUUGCGCACGGCGACCGCCUCCCCGAGUACGUUGUGCGCAAGUACAUGCGCGACCUUGUGUGCGGGCUGCAGUAUUUGCACUUUCACAAGAUUGUACACCGCGACAUCAAGCCCGAAAACAUCCUCGUGACGGCCGACGACAUUGCCAAGAUAGCCGACUUUGGCGCCGCGCGCAUGGUCAUGAACGAAGCCGAGACGAUUUCGGGGGCCAAGGGCACGCCAGCGUUUAUGGCGCCCGAGAUGUUCAACAUCAACGCCGAGUACACGGGGCCGUCGGCCGACAUUUGGUCGCUCGGUGCCACGCUCUACAUGAUGAUGUUUGGCCACCCGCCGUGGCUUGCUGACAAUGAGAUUGAACUCGCGGAGAAGGUGCAGCGCGACGAGCUUAGCUUUCCGGAAGGCUUUGUCGAGCCGCACCUGAAGAACCUCCUCCAGCGCAUGCUGACCAAGGACCCGGACCGCCGCAUUACGCUCGCUGACGUGAUGAACCACGAGUGGAUCACGCGGGAGGGAAGUGAGCCGAUCAUCAACAACAUUUUCGAAGACGGCAUCAACAAGGUGACGUUUGACGAGACGGACGGCGCGAUUCAAAACAUUCCCGAGCGCAUCGACCAGCGCCUCCAAGCGUCGCUGGCCGAAGCCCACUUGAUGCUGACCAACAAGACGCUGCUCGGACGACGCACGCCGAACGCGUCCUCGAUGCACUCGCUCACGUCGUCCAAGUCGUCCAACGACAAUGGGUCGCCGUCGCGCCAAAAGAGCUUUUCGAGCGCGCGCUCGAAACGCAGUCCGCUCCGGUCCAAGAACUCGAACGAGUCGAUGGGCUCGACGCUCGAGGCGGCGCGCGUCAUCUCUGCGUGGCGCCACCACAAGCGCGUCGCGCUCAUGGACGGGCACAACCUCUCGGAACGCGUGCGCGAUUUGCUCUUGGAGCAGAAGCGCAUGGCGUUUUCGGUCGAGCGCGCGCAGAUCACCGAGAUCAUCUUGCCGACGAACCACCUGCUUCCGUCGCCGACGCGGCGCAAUACCCAAGGCCUCGAGAGCACGGCGUCGGACGAAGACCUCUUGAAGCGCCAGUUGUCGCGGAAGAAGGACUUUGUCAUGGUGACGUCGGAAGUGUUUCGCGGCGAAGAAGGCGACUUGCAGUCGCGCAAGGUGCUCUUCCAAGCCACGAACCAAGACUUCUCGAUCGCGUCGCGCGUGCCACUGCACUCGUCGUCCGAGUCGUCGAUGGUCGACUCGCGCACGAUGUCGGACAGUCGCAACCUCUCGGAAUCGCGGACGCUCUCGGACCACCGCAAAAUGUCGGACAGUCGGUCGAUCGACUCGCGCAAGCUCUCGGAGGCCAGCCGAAAGCUCUCGGACUCGCGCUCCAAACUGUCGGACUCGCGGAAGAACUCGGACACGGUGCGGACCAUGUCGGGCUCGCGCAAGUCGAGCCGGUCAUCGACGCAAGACAAGUCGAACCACUCGAUGAACGACCUCCUCAACGCCGAGACGGUCAUGUCGGAAGGCAGCAGCGACGAGGACAGCGACGACGAUGACGACAUGCGUGCCAUGAGCUCGUCGUCGAAGGGCUCGUCGGCCUACUCGGACGUCGAGUGCGACGUGGAUGUGAACGAGACGUUUGAGGACCUUCUGCACACGCCGCGGUCGGGCGACGAGCGCAACGAUGACAUUGAAGUCGCACCGCUCGAGUGCGAGACGACGACGUUCUUCCCCGAAGACGAGAUCGACGUGAUCCAGGUCUACGUGAGCAGCAAGAUUCGCGAAAACCUCGCGCUCGGCCUCCGUGCGGGGUACGCGGAAGCCAAGGGCGAGCGGCCGUACAUGGAGGACAAGAGCCUCGCGCUCACGCACUACCCGCGGCCGGGCAACGACGCUGAAACCAUUGCCUACUACGCAGUCUACGACGGUCACAACGGCGACGAGACGGCGCUCGUCUUGCAAAAGGAGCUGCACAUGAAGAUUCUCGACCGGCUCGCGACGAGCUCGCCCGAAGAUGCGAUGCUCGACGGCUGUCGUGUCAUGGACGAAGAGCUGCUGGCCAAGGACAAUGCCAAGAUUGCGGGCUUUACUCGCGACGGCAACGCGGCGCGGCCGGCGCCGAUUUCAUUUUCGGGCUCGGCCGCCAUCAUGGCGCUGCUGCUCAACGUCGAGGACGGUCUGCAGCUGGUCAUAGGCCACGUUGGGGACUGCCGCGCGGUGCUCUGCCGCGGGCCGGAAGCCCUCAGUCUUACCGUCGACCACAAGGCGAGCAACGCGAUCGAGAAGGAGCGCAUUGAAAAGGCCGGUGGGUUUGUGCACAACGGUCGUCUCGACGGGAUCCUUGCCAUCUCGCGCGCGUUUGGCGACCUGGCGCACAAGAGCGACGGCCAUCUCAUUGCGGUGCCCGACAUAACGACCGAGAUGAUUGAGCCCGAAGACGAGUUCCUCUUGCUCGCGAGCGACGGGCUCUUUGAUGUGAUCACGUCGCAGCAGGCCGUCAACUUUAUCCGGCGCAAGCUGCGCAACCACGGCGACGUGCAGCUCGCGGCGCAGGAGCUCGUGUUGAAAGCGCAAGAGUAUGUGAGCCACGACAACAUUAGCGCGAUCGUAAUUUGUUUUCACCAAACCUAGUAAUAUAGAAAUAGUCGUUUUCGUUCCAAA